UCUAGACUCAGUGCUGUGCAUGUCUUUCUCUCCUCUCCACGUUACCAGCACCGACCACAAUUACUUCCGGACGAACAGGACCAGCACUCAGGACUUUGAACUUCAGCCCCUGUACGACCCAGACGUAGAAGACACUGACGACACCGACUCCAGCAGCAGCACCACCACCGCUUCGGUCCGAUCGGGAGAGAGAAUGAAUCGUAGCAGACGAGGGGGUGGCUCAUCAUCCGGCAAGCGCAAGGGCAUGAAUUCCUCGUCGUCGGUCGAGUUCCGGCGCGGGAAGGUAGGGGUGGAAGGUGGGGAAUCCUCGGCCGCGCAGACGGAACACCUCAUCGCUCGGGAAUCCUUCUCGCUCGAUCACGAUCACGAUGUGUCGAAGCCCGCGGCCGCGUCGCUGAUGGACCUGUCGCCAAAGGAUAGGCGCAACUUCUUCCUGCUGGUGCUGCUCUACUUCCUGCAGGGCGUGCCGAUGGGGCUGGCGAUGGGCUCAGUGCCGUUCCUACUCAAGUCGAAGCUCUCGUACGGCGAGAUUGGCGUGUUCACACUGGCGUCGUAUCCGUACUCGAUGAAGUUGUUAUGGUCGCCGAUCGUCGACGCAAUCUGGAGCCCGCGGAUGGGCCGGCGCAAGAGUUGGAUCGUUCCGGUGCAGGCGGUCAGCGCCAUCAUGUUGCUCUGGUUGGGCGGGCAGGCGGAGAAGAUGAUGGAAGAGGCGAACACGAGGCUCUACUUCUUCACAUGGGUGUUCUUUUGCUUGGUGAUGCUCUGCGCGACGCAGGACGUUGCGGUGGACGGCUGGGCGUUAACUCUGAUAUCCCCCGAGAACCUCUCGUAUGCGUCGACCGCUCAGACCGUCGGACUUACCGCCGGCCAAUUCUUGUCGAACACCGUGUUCCUCGCCUUCAAUUCGGCCGACUUUUCGAACCACUACUUCCGCUCGACACCCCUCAAGAACGGCCUCUUCACGCUUGGAGGCUACCUCCAGUUCUGGGGAUGGGCCUACCUGCUUGUUACGAUUGGUCUCGCGGUCCUCAAGAAGGAAGAGAAAACCAGCAACCGUGAUGGCAUCGCUAGCGUCUACAAGACCAUGUGGAGCGUCCUCAAGCUCAAGCACAUCCAGACGUUCGUGAUCAUCCAUCUGAUCUCCAAGAUCGGCUUCCAGGCGAACGACGCCGUGACCAACCUCAAGCUGCUCGACAAGGGUUUCACGCAGGAAGACAUGGCACUGACGGUGCUGAUCGACUUCCCGUUCGAGAUCGCCCUCGGCUACUACGCUGGUAAAUGGUGUGCGUACUUCCCGCCGAUGAAGCUGUGGAUGUGGGGCUUCGUCGGCCGCCUCAUCGCCGCCGUACUCGCCCAGAUCACGGUGUACAUCUUCCCCAAAGACGGCGUGGUCGAGAGCUGGUACCUCCUCGUCGUCAUCGCAGAGCACAUUUUCUCCACCUUCGCCGGCACCGUCAUGUUCGUCGCCAUCUCUGCGUUCCACGCAAAGAUUGCCGACCCCGAGAUCGGCGGAACGUACAUGACGCUCCUAGCCACGUACCCCGUUGCGGAGUUCAGCUGCGCCCUCGAACUCGAUAAGCACCGCUGCAUAGACCAGGGCGGCAAAUGUGUCAUCCAGCAGGACGGGUACUAUGUCACGAACGUGUUGUGUAUACUCAUCGGUGUUGUUACCUUCUGGGGAUAUAUCAAGCCCGCCGCGACGAGGCUGAGCGCUCUGCCGUUGAAGAGCUGGAGGGAGUAUGAUAGAAUAUGA